ACCGAUUUCCGAGCCGGCUUGGCACGUCCGUUCUUCAAACACUCCGAAAGUACUCUAAGAUUAAUAGUCCCUGAUUGCCACAUGGUUGUCGAACUAAUCUUGGGAGCAUCACACGACCUGCAGCCCGAAACACAACCUAUGCUGUGUUCUGCUAAUCUAAAACCGACAUUGGCGAAUUGGAUGCUGAAAAGAUUAGAAGAGGAACAAUGACUACUACUCAACUCCCCGUAUCAGAUUCUGAUAAGUAUGACUAUGUAGUAGUUGGUGGGGGUACGGCCGGCUGUGUCCUCGGGGCAAGGCUGGCCGAAUAUCUUCCACACAAAAGGAUUCUUCUCAUUGAGGCUGGUCCAAGUGAUUUUAUGGAUGAUCGUGUCCUAGACCUUAAGCAAUGGCUGCAUCUGCUAGGUGGUGAGCUCGAUUAUGAUUAUGGCACCACUGAACAGCCUAUGGGCAAUUCUUUCAUUAGGCAUGCGCGAGCAAAGGUUCUAGGUGGUUGCUCAUCGCAUAACACUUUGAUUUCCUUCAGACCAUUCAAAUACGACUUGGAUAUUUGGCAAUCGUUGGGGGCGCAAGGCUGGACUUUUCCGAUAUUUAUGAAAGCGCUCGAUAGACUGAGGAAUAGUGUCCAACCAGUCCACACGAGACAUCGCAACCAGCUUUGCCAGGACUGGGUUGAUUCGUGUAGCACGGCGCUUCAUAUCCCAGUUGUUAACGACUUCAACAAGCAAAUAUCGGAAGCCGGAUCAUUGACACCGAGUGUAGGUUUCUUCUCGGUGAGCUACAAUCCGGAUGAUGGAAGACGAUCUAGUGCAUCCGUCGCAUACAUUCACCCAAUCCUCCGGGGUGAAGAAAAGCGACCAAACUUAACAAUUCUCACCGAUGCGUGGGUUUCAAAAAUCAAUGUUGUUGGCGACGUCGUCGAAGGUGUUAAUCUUACGUUGAAAGAUGGCUCUUCGCGGAUUAUCAAGGCGAAGACCGAAACGAUAUUAAGCGCCGGAGCUGUAGAUACGCCUCGGCUUAUGAUGCUGUCGGGUAUUGGACCUAAGAAGCAAUUGUCUGAUCUUGGCAUUCACGUUGUGAGGGAUAUUCCCGGCGUCGGCGAAAACUUACAAGAUCAUCCCGAAAGUAUCAUCAUGUGGGAGCUGAACAAGCCGGUACCUCCAAACCAGACUACUAUGGAUUCUGACGCAGGGAUAUUCUUACGUCGUGAGGCGCCGGGUGCUGGGGCUAAGAAAUCGGCUGCGAAUCCACAAGGCCUAUCGGAUGGAGAUAUCGCAGAUGUUAUGAUGCACUGCUACCAAAUUCCGUUCACGCUUAACACCCUCCGAUUAGGAUACCCUGAUGUUCCAGACGGCUAUGCCUUCUGUAUGACACCAAACAUUCCACGACCACGCUCACGAGGUCGGUUAUAUCUGACAUCUGCGGAUCCGAAGGUCAAACCGGCCCUCGAUUUCCGAUACUUCACAGAUCCGGAAGGUUAUGACGCGGCUACAUUAGUAUUCGGUAUGAGAGCAGCACGCAAGGUAGCUGAACAAGCGCCAUUCAAGGAUUGGAUCAAGAAGGAGGUUGCUCCAGGACCCAAGGUUCAAUCAAACGAGGAUUUAAGCCACUAUGCGCGCAAAGCAGCGCACACUGUCUAUCAUCCUUGCGGAACGACAAGAAUGGGAGAUACGACCAAGGAUGAUUUAGCCGUGGUUAACGAAAAGUUGAAAGUAAGAGGAUUAAAGAAACUGCGCAUUGUGGACGCAGGAAUCUUCCCUACUAUUCCCACUAUCAACCCUAUGUUAACUGUAUUGGGUGUUGCUGAGAGAGCUGCUGAGUUGAUUGCGGAAGAGGCUCAAUCGGAGAAGGAGAGAGCUAGGCUAUGAUUGACUUGCUGGGUGAGGCUAGUGAUACCUAUGCACUCUCUUUAAGGUGCUCAAUGCUUUAACUUCCAAGUUGACAUGGCGUUGGCUGGUUAAGUCAGAGGAUAUCCUCUCAAUGAUUGAAUAAGGCUAUACUAAAUCAGGUAUAUUAAGUGUGCACUAUUUUUGAAUUCAUAGUUAUCCACAAGAAAAGAAUUCCAACUCAAUUACCCGGUUA